AAUCAGAAUAAUGUUCAACAUAAACCUGUUGGAGAACCUGAAGGUUUACAUCAGCAGUCGACCUCCGCUUGUGGUCUUUAUGAUCAGUGUAAGUGCUAUGGCAAUAGCUUUUCUGACACUGGGUUAUUUCUUCAAAAUCAAGGAGAUCAAGUCACCGGAAAUGACAGAGGACUGGAAUACUUUCCUCCUGAGGUUUAAUGAUUUGGACUUCUGUAUAUCUGAGAAUGAAACCUUAAAGCAUCUUGUCAAUGAUACCACAACUCCAGAAAGUACCGUGACUAGUGGACAGGCGAGAUCUUCUACACAGUCUCCACAGACUCUUGAGGACUCUGGUCCAAUAAACAUCUCUGUUACAAUCACAUUGACGCUGGACCCACUCAGACCAUUUGGCGGAUAUUCUCGCAAUGUCACACAUCUAAGUUCCACAAUUUUUGGACACCAAAUUGGGCUCUCAGGCAGAGAAUCCCACGAGGAAAUAAAUAUUACAUUCACCCUGCCGGCUGCCUGGAAUUCAGAUGACUGCGUUCUUCAUGGCCACUGCGAGCAGGUUGUGUUCACAACCUGCAUGACUGUGACAGCAGCCAGCAAUGUAUUUCCUGUCACAGUUCAGCCACCACAUUGUGUUCCUGAAACAUACAGCAAUGCUACACUUUGGUACAAGAUCUUUACCACAGCAAGGGACUCUAAUACAAAAUAUGCACAAGAUUAUAACCCUUUCUGGUGUUACAAAGGAGCAAUCGGAAAAGUGUAUCAUGCUUUAAAUCCCAAACUAACUGUGAUAGUUCCAGAUGAUGAUCGCUCUCUAAUAAACCUGCAUCUCAUGCAUACCAGUUACUUUCUUUUUGUGAUGGUGAUUACAAUGUUCUGCUAUGCAGUUAUUAAAGGCAGACCAAGCAAACUGAGGCAAAGCAAUACAGAAUUCUGCUCUGAAAAGGUUGCUUUGUCAGAAGCGUAA